CACUCGAUGUAGAUUUAAGAUGCAGAAAAUUGUAGAUCCUAAAAAAAAGACCGAAAUCAAAACAUCACCGAAAACGUUGUCAAGAUGGCGACGGGGCUGCACCUGGAACAGUAUUUAGAGAGUUUAGAGAACCUUCCCACAGAACUACAGAGGAAUUUUCACCUGAUGCGUGACUUGGACCAGCGGUCACAAGAUGUCAUGCGUAACAUUGAUCAGAUUUCAGAUGAUUACCUGACGACAGUUAAGAGCCUAAGUCCAGAGAAGAGGUCUGAACAGAUGAGCAAGAUCCAGAAGAUGUUCAACAGAGCCAAGGAGUACAGCGAUGACAAAGUGCAGCUUGCUAUUCAGACAUAUGAAUUGGUGGAUAAGCAUAUCCGCAGGUUAGACUCUGAUCUGGCUAAGUUUGAGGCAGAAAUCAAGGAGAAAGCACUCAACAACAACAAAAAGGAAGAAGAAACCAACAGUAAAAAACGGAGAAAGAAAAAAGAAGAAAAGGGGAAAAAUAAGAGAAAAGGAACGCAGUCUGAUGACGGAGAAGCAGUACCCAGAACUGGCCGCAAGAAGCAGAAGAAGAAACCAGAGACAGAGUCAGCCAUUGUGUCUGUCAUACCAGGCCUCUCCAUUGCCCACCCCUCAGACGUGCUGGACAUGCCUGUUGACCCUAAUGAACCCACCUACUGUCUGUGUCACCAGGUGUCAUAUGGAGAGAUGAUUGCCUGUGAUAAGAUGGAUUGUCCCAUCGAAUGGUUUCACUUUGCAUGUGUUGGCCUUACCACGAAGCCAAAAGGAAAAUGGUAUUGUCCAAAGUGCUCCACUGAAAGAAAAAAGAAGUAGGUUGCCCUAUCAUAGUAUUUUUAUCCAUAGAAAUAUUUUUGUGGUUACAUUAGUAUUUGUUUUAUGAAAAUGUUUCUGAGAGGAAUGAAUAUCAGGUAAGCCAAAGAUAAAAGAUCUCCUGGUUUAUGAAGCACACAGAAGUAAUGACAUCCAUGGCUCUUCAGCGUGGUGAAAUUUAGUUUUUUACAGUAUAGACACGUCCUUGAAGGGAUCAUUGGAAAGCAAGAACGAUGUAUAUUGUUGUUGUUUAGGAGGAGAGUCCAGUGUUUUCUCUGGAAAUAUUCAUUUUUAAAUAAGAAGAAUCCUCAUAUGACAGGUUGAAAGAUUUAUAAAAGUGGAUAUAAUCAACUUAAAACUUAAGGUAUUUACUGAAAUUAUGAUUACUUAAGUAUUUGAAAAUGUAUUGUAAAUCAAAAGAAUUUUCUUAUCACAUUCAUUGUGUGAUCAAAACUUGUAAGCUUACAUUAAAUGCAUUUUCUAAGUUGUCAUUCCACUGUUUAAGUAAUAGAUAAAAUAUUUUCUAUAAUUACAAUUUUAUUUAUUAA